AAGUUGUUUCAAUAAAAACAUUCCUAACUCGAUUUGAAAUGGCGCGGUCGCAAUGUUGUUUCGUGUGGUCGGCAUGCGUGGUACGUGGCAGCACUGUCGACUGUGUGUACAUGCAGUUGUCUGCACGAAACAUCUCGCCGCUAGCUUCCGAGUAUUUUGUGAAUUUUGUGUUGUUUUUCCUUGUGAAAUUUUCAUCGGAGGUCAUUAUAAGGAGGCCAUAAUCCCCUCUUUGAACAGUUUUGUUACAACUCCCGUAUCCCCCCUGUUUAUUUUUCAUUCGUCGCUUUGCAGGUCAUCGAGGAGAAGCAGCUGCUCUAGCGGAUGGACACGAAGGAGAGCAAUGUACCUGUCGUGGAGGAAACGCGAGCUCCGCUAUCAACGGUAUCGACGACGCCCUAGGACACGUAAUGUACAGAUGUUGCAGGAAAACCGGUAGAAUCGGUCAGUUUCGUUUCGAGCAUCCCCUUGUUUCGCCAUCCACUCGUUUAAGUCUCGGAAAACGCAUCAGGAAAAACAGCGUCGUUCGGGAAUUUCAUGAUUUCCGGAUAAUUUCUCGACUUGAAACGUCUGAAUCGGAACGAACGUACAUAGUUAUCGGUAGUCAAUAUCGUGAUUGCACCGCGAAAGUUAGGCAUCGGUACCGAAUACUCUUAUCGACGUUGAUGCGGCAAGGGACCGCGCCGCGAAAAAAGACGAAACAGUUUGGCUUAGAAGAACAAAAAGGAAAGAACUAGAGCAGGAAGGAAGGAAGGAAGGAAGGAAGAAAAUGGGUAGGAGAGAAAACGGAGCAAGGUAAGAGAGGACAAGGCGCGAAAGGAACGCGAACGCGAGGAACGAUCACCACCACCUCCAUCACCACCAACCACCACCACCAGCACCACCACUACCACCAUCAUCAUCAGCAGCAGCAGCAACAGCAGGAGCAGUAGCACGAGCACCAACGGCAGAAAGCAGCAGCAACAACGAGAUGCGGUGACCUCCUCUCGUGGUGAUCGGUGGAUCGGAGUUUCGGGAGGCCGAUCGGUGGUGGGCCUGCUCUCCGAUCUGCCGCCGAGAGAAAUUCUCUUCUUCUCGGGGAGAGAAGCGAGAAGCGAGAAGCGAGAAGCCGAUCGGUCGAGGGAGAAAGAAGGAGAGGCGGUAUGAGGCGGUCUCCGGGGGCGGCGCCUGUCGGCGCGUCCGAUCGGAAGGUGAGCCACCCGAUUGGCCGAUGCGACGGCGGUGCGAGGGGAACGCGAGGAAGCGCGAGGCUACGUUGGUUCCUCCACCCGCACCCGUUCACUUCGCGAUCGUUUUUCUCGCUUCCACCCUCCUUCGUUCUCUUCCUCGCACCCAUCCGUUCACCUUCUCCGUCCCUCUUUCCAGUCGCGGACUCGCCGGUUCUUUGUUUCGCCGCCAGUCGUCUCUGUCGCUCGAGCGAGCCGCCUUGGCCGUUAUCUCUCUUCGUCGCACCCACGCGUCAGUCUCCCCGCGGACACCGCACGCUUCGCGUCUCGCGUCUCUCGUUUCUCGUCUCUCGUCGUUCGUCGUUCGUCGUUCGUUUCGGCCGUCGAGUCGGCGCUAGCACCGCGGACCGCGGCAAACACACGGUAUCGGCGCUCGACCGCCUCACGGACCUCUCGGUUGCCGCUCGCGCUCCAACGAACCGUCGCCGCGGCAAGCCUCUCAGUUGCGACGCGCUCGUCACCGGGUGCAGAUCGUGUGCUGCUCGUCGUCCCCGUCAUCGUUGUCCCAUCGGUCUGUCGAACACGCGCGUUCCCUCCCCGUACCUAGACGGAUCUCUACACACUGAUCGAGAAACACGCGUUCGCAUGCUCGCGCUAUUGCUCCUGCCGGUGCUGGUGUUGAUUGGUGCUCUGGUGUUUGGUGUUUCCGAUGGUGAUCUCCGAUAUUACGAUCGGUGGCUGCUGCAGUUGAGAACUACGACGCUUGAUUAUUAGAAGAGCGAACGAGGACUGAUCGUGAGAAACACGAAAGGGAGGGAAAGAAGACGAGACGUUUGAUCGGGGCUAAUUGUAAGAAUCGAGUUUUCGGUGGUGGCGCGCGCGCGCGCGGGAAAUCCCGUUCGUUCGUUUCGCUCCAUUUUCGAAAGUGGCGCGCUACCCUCCGAUCGUUCCGCUCCGCUCGAUCGGGGUAUUCGUUUCGAAGAUGUCGCGUACCAAAAGACGCGAUCGACGAACCCGUUAAAGAGAGGAAUCGUCGUUAACCAGAUUGCUUAGCACGAGGUCGAGGUCACGCGAAUCGAGAAGAAGAGACAAAAGGAAAAGGGGUAAAAGGAUGCUACGGAGCAUCAUUUGAUCAAGGUUGUCGGGGUAAAAAAAGUAUCGUCGAGGGGGCGCAGGUUUAACGAAUCGACGCGCGUUGCCACGAGGAGAAGCAGAAGGUGGUGGUGGUGGAGGAGGAAGAGGAGGCGCGUGGAGAAACGCGUCGUUGGUGCUGCGUGUUUCGAGGUUCGCGCGUCGCUGUGUACGUGUGUGUUCCAGAUGCGGUCUGGCCGUUGAUUGGUUCGCGACCGAUCGGUAAAGCGAGUGCUCGGCUGGUCGACGCAUUCGCGAGAAGAUUUGGUCGAUCGAAAAACGGAGCAAAGAACGGCAACGGACGAGGAAGGCGUGAAGGAGCGCGCCAAAAGCGAGCAGGCGGAGGGGGAGGAGGGGGAGGAAGAGGAGGAGGAGGAGGAGGAGGAGGUGGUGGUGGUGGAGGAGGCGGUGGCGGAGGAGGAGGAGGUUGUGGCGAACGAAAGAAAGGUUAAGAAAACGAGAAAACUGGAGGAACGGAAACGCAAGUACGAAUACGAGGUGAAAGAAGAAGCGGAAGCGGAAGCGGAAGCAGAAGAGGAGGCAGCGAAGGAAGAAGGGGAGGAGGAAGAAGAG